AUGGCCGCUCUCGCGACUAAGACGCAGUCGCAAAACAUAUUUACCAAACUCAAGGCCAAGCCAGCCAAUAAAAUAUGCUUCGACUGCGGCGCAAAGAACCCAACAUGGAGUUCUGUGCCGUUUGGCAUCUACCUCUGCCUCGACUGUUCGUCCAAUCACCGUAACAUGGGUGUCCACAUCUCGUUCGUUCGCUCCACCAACCUCGACAUCUGGCAAUGGGAUCAGCUACGAAUCAUGAAGGUCGGCGGCAACGAAAGCGCGACCAAAUACUUUCAAUCGCACGGAGGCUCUGCCGCGCUCGCAAGCAAAGACCACAAGGCCAAAUACACCAGCAACGCCGCCAACAAGUACAAGGAAGAGCUGGCCAGGCGCUGUGCUGCGGACGCCAAGCUGUAUCCCAACGAAGUGGUGAUUACGGAUGUUCCCGAGACGGGCAGCGACGGUACGAACACUCCCGCAGGCGAAGAUGACGACUUUUUCGCUUCCUGGGACAAGCCAACAAUCAAGCGACCCUCGAACCCACCCUCGCGUACCGGCACGCCAAAGGCGAUGGGAUCACCUUUCCUCAAGCCCGGUGCCAACGGCAGUGGGACAGAUCGCCCAAAGUCACCACUUGCUUCAGGCUCCGAGCCAAGCACGCCCACGGUUGCUGCAAAGCCCGCUGCUGUACGGAAGACUGCUGGAGGCGCUGCACCAAAGAAGAAUAUUCUGGGAGCUAAGAAGAAGGGCCUCGGUGCCAAGAAGGUGGUCGCUGCUGAUGGCGGACUUGAUUUUGAAGAGGCGGAGCGAAAGGCUCGUGAAGAGGCAGAGCGUAUUGAGAAGCUGGGCUACGAUCCCGACGCUGAAGCUGCUGAGGUCGCUGCGGCCAGCAAGUCCAAGGCCUCUGAAUCAUCCAUCAUCUCACCCACUCCUGUGUCCCCGCCGCGUGGUGGAUUUGGUUCAACUUCCAAGCCUGAGCGCUCAAGUCAGGGUAUGGAGAGGCUAGGCAUGGGUGUACAGCGUCUGGGUUUCGGACAAGUAGGCGCUGCGAAGAAGCCAGUUGCACAGAAGAAGAUGGGAGGCUUCGGAAGCGUCAGCAAGCCUGUUGAGGACGACGACGAAAAGUACGCGCGGGAAAAAUUUGGCUCGCAAAAGGGUAUCUCAAGCGACGAGUUCUUUGGCCGCAACGCAUACGACCCUACAGCGACUGCGCAGGCAAAGGAGAGGCUAUCAGGCUUCGAAGGCGCAACCGCCAUUUCCUCCAACGCCUACUUUGGCCGUCCUGAAGACGAUGUCGCCGAUGACGACUAUGGCGAUCUGGAGAGUGCCGCCAAAGACUUUGUACGCAAGUUUGGCCUUACCGCUGGCGACGACCUGGAGAAUCUGACCAACAUGCUUGGCGAGGGUGCUACAAGGCUACAAGGCGCUGUCCGCGCCUACCUCAACUCUUAG